CUGGCGCGUGCAGACUCUCAAGCACGAAAUUCCGCUCCUACGCACCCAGCGGGCCCCUCUUGCGCCUGCUUCCAAUCCUAAGGCCCACAGCACCAGUAAUAAGCUCGAUGCUACCUGCGUCGUUGCUGGCGGUAGCAUGGCCGGCUGCUUUGCCGCCACCAUCGCUCGUGACCACUUUCGGCGCGUCAUCAUCGUCGAGCCCUGGGCCACCGGCAGCGACUGGAAAACGCGCAUUGGACAGAUCAACCAGCCCCAUGCAUACAGCCCGAUACUGCGCCAGAACCUUCAGAAGAUAUACGGCGUGCGCCUCGCAGUGGCAAUCUACGCCGCCGCUGGCCGCAACUUUCGUGUUGAGAACGCGGACUGGGUCCUGUGCGGAAUGAAGGCUCUCGUCACCAACGCAGGCGACAUGCCUGGCUACUGCGCCUCGCGCCGCCUGAUGCAGGACAUCAUGCGCACAUUCACCUUUCAGGACGCCAAGACCGUCGAACCCUCUGAGGGAUGUACCGGCGCGGGGAAGCCCAUCGACACUGUCAACGGCAAGGCGCUACAGUGUGACCUCGUCAACGUGCAUGGAAAAGUCGUCGUCAAGGUCCGCCCGAGCGUGGACGGCAGAUCCAGGCAGGCCGUCGUGAUCCAGCCCGACGGCGUAUCGACCGCGCAACUUGAAUGCGUCGACUGCGCACUCCUUCUCGACUGUACCGGCAACGCUGCGAUGCACCGUCGAUGGAUGCAAGAUGCUAUCAAGGUCACGGAGAAAGUGGAUCACCCGGUGCAACAGCGGGGCCCCGGCGCGGCGGUCCGGCCGGAUUGGAGAAUGCCGAAGGAAGACAGCUGUGAUACAGGCAUGCUCUACAUCACUGUUGGGCAGAGAGGCACUGCUGGGCCUCUCGAAGCGAACUGUGACCGCUGACGAUGCGACGCACUGGGCUCUCAUUCGCGACUCUUUCCACGCCAUGCAGGCACCAUCUCGAUCCCUGAC